ACCCGGCGCGGCGGUUAUCCGGGUGCGCUCGCCGAGAGGGGGCGGGGCGGAGGCGACGGAGUCCGGGUACCUCCAGUCCCGGUUCCCGCGCAGCGCUGGAGGAAGAGGCGGCCUGAAAGCGCCGGGGAGGCGUUGCCCGGCGAGGCCGGGAGUUCGCCCCCUGCCCGGGGUGCUGAACAACAAGCGAGGAGGAGGCCGCCCCCGAGCAACUCCUGGGCGAGCGCUGGGGACGCCGCCGCGUCGCUUUCCCGCCACCAGGGUGGCCGCUUGGAUAGCGCGGGAGGGCGAGCGCGAGGCGCCUCAGCAGCAAGUGGCGCCGCCGCCCCGCGCAGACCUCGCAGGAGGCGGGAAGCGCAGCCGCCAGGAGGCAGCGCUCGGCGGCGGCUCCCCCUGCCCCGGCCGGCCGCCAUGGCUGCAGCGGCGAGGCGACGGCGAGGGACUCGAAGCGGUGGCUGCUGCUGCCGCCUCCUCUGGAGGAGUCGGAAACAAGCGCCCCAGUCGAGAAGAGGAUGUAGACUUAAAAGUGAGCCAGGAAUGUUUGGAACACUGUUACGUUAUAGAAGAUGAAGACUCAGAAUCUCAAGAGGAGGAAGAGGGUAAAAGCGACCAAGUGGAUUGGAAAGAGAAGCUGAGUCCAGUUUCCAGCUCUUCGGCUUACAGAAGCACUGCUGGUUCUGCUUUCCCACUGGAAGGUUAUUUUCCACUGCCAGCAUCACUGACUGAAAAUACAUUGGAAGAACACUGGUUGGGAAAUACUAUGCCUGUUAUCAACAGCAGAGGUAUGAACCUGUCAAACUUCCACAAUACAGUUAAUUUGACUCAGGCUAUUAGCCGUGAUGUUAGUCUUCAUGAUGCUACAAUGAUGAAAUCAGACCACAAUACUAUAGUAAAUGCAGAGAAAAGGAAUUUGGAGAUAUUGGAGACUCUGUCAUUAACCGAUUCUCACACGUCGCUAAUGAAUGGUGUCAACAUGCUUGGGGUUUUUGCAUCUGAUAAUUGUACGAAUCUAACAAACCAGGAUUUGUUCUUGAGCUUGGAUGGACAUGGAUUUGAAGCUUCCUGUUUCUUUGAAGAACGGGAUUCUGAUUCUGGACUGUCUUUGGAUUUAAAUCAUAGCAAUUCAUCCCUUGUUUUUACCUGUGACAGUGAUGCUGAAUCUGCCACCUAUGAUGAUUUAGCUGUAGGAGGCUGCUGCGUAGAAUACAGCAAAUGUUACCACACAGAUUAUCAAAGCAAUUAUGAUCUCAGUGCAGAAUUGUUUGUAGAUGUGUUGCAUGAUCACACGUACAGCCAAAUCCCACAACAGCUGGCACCCUGUGCGCCAGAAGACUAUGACUUCAUGUGGCCAGAGAAAUCCAAUAAAGCCAGAAGUAGAAAUGGAGAUAACACAGGAAAAAACCAAAGCCGUGAUGAAUACCGCGCAGAAGCCCUGAGAAUUCCAUUCUCUGUAAAUGAUAUUGUGACUCUGCCUGUUGAUUCCUUCAAUAGCAUGUUAUCAAAAUACUACUUGACAGAUAACCAGCUAUCACUCAUACGUGACAUAAGGCGGAGAGGGAAAAACAAAGUCGCUGCUCAAAACUGCCGCAAACGUAAACUAGAUGCAAUUAUGAACCUGGAAGAUCAGGUGUGUCACCUUCAAGCACAAAAGGAAAAGCUCAAGAAGGAAAAAGCCCAGUGCAAUAGAUCAAUUAGCAAUAUAAAACAAAAACUAAAUGAUCUUUAUUGGGACAUUUUGAGUAGAUUAAGAGAUGACCAAGGAAGACCUGUUAACCCAAGCCAAUACUCUCUACAGUGUUGUAAAAACGGCAGUGUUUUGGUUGUACCUGGAAAAGCCAUCAAACUGGAACUGAAACAAAAUAAUCCAACCAAAAAAAUGGCUAGAUAGAAAAUAUUUCUCUUUAGCUACUGAAAUGGAAAGGGAUGUUUCUUAAUUAUUCUUAAAUACUGUGACAUUCACAGUUAGUUUACACAGGGAAAAAUAAAGUUUGUUAAGGAUCUACUUUGAUUAUCCACAUUAUCAAAAUAUUUUUAAGACUUGUAUACAAAAAAACCAAAUAAAUAAAAAGUGUGUACUAUAAACGAAAUGUCCAAGCUCUAGGUCUGUGAACACAGGCCUAAUAGAAUCAGUUCUUAACUGAAGAUUUCUCUUCAUCUGAAUAAAUUAUUAGUUAAACCAUAUUGCAUAAUUUAUUCAGCUUUGCUAAUAAUGGGGGGAGGCAGAGUUCUUGCAACUUAAAACUUCAUUCUUUCAUAGCCAGAACCAGGCAGCAGUUUAAAUGCUGAAAAGGGAAUUGUUCUCUUUUAUUUAUUUUUAUUCCUAAACUUAUCUACCGCUUGAUUACUCACAAUCCGAAGUGGUGUACAUAAAAAAAUCCACAAGCAAUAAAAUUACCAUAAGACCAAAACACUUCCUAAAAAUGCCUGUUAGAACAAGGAAGUCUGAAGAACGUGCCUGACGUUUCUCAAGGAAGAUGCCAGCCUAAUCUGUUGCUAUUUCCGCACGCUUGUGCCCGCUUCACAAAAUACAACUUCCAGUAGUUACAAGCCAUGCAUCCAAACCACCAGCAAAGACUCUCCCAAAGAACUCAGUGAUUGGGCUGGGUUAUAAUGGAUCCGAUAGUGUUUAAGAGAUCCUACAACUAUGUUGUUAAGGGCCUUGUAAAUUGUCAGAGCUGUGAGCUUGGUCUGGAAACAUUGGCAGCAAUUUCAGUGGCCACUGAUAUCAAUAGCUGCUGACAGACCGAGAUGGAGCAGAGCUAUCCAUUCCCACAAACCUACUUUUGAUACAGAUCUUCCCUCAGGGCGAUCAAGGCCGAUUCAGUUCCACAACCAUUGCUGCCCACAUCAAGGCACGUAAAUGUAAAUCAGUCCCAUAAAAUAUGUGAAGGUGUUGCAUUGUACACACAAACUUCUACACCUUUGGCACUACGGAGCAGUGAUGUUACCUUUGAAGUGCUGGACAAACUGCUUAGUGUUCAGAGAACCACCCACCACUUCUGGUAGCUAGUCUCUAGAUCACCUGCAGUAACAACUCAAGGACACAAUGUUGGCUGUGAAGUAGUUCUUUGCAGUCUUCACUGCCACUUGGUAGACAAAACUUUGUGACCUUACAAGUGUUUGAUCAGCUUUGAAGUGUUUUCCAUCACCUGUGCUCCAGUUGUGUCCCAGCCUUUCAUUGCCUGCAGCUCCUCAGCGAACCGAGGAGCAGUGCAGACCCUGUGAAUGAAUACCCCCAUUACACAAUGAGACCAGGGUCUCAAGAGGAUCAGUGCCUCGAUCCACUGGAAAAUCCCCAGAGCAGUCAGGAACCUAUUUUGUUCCCUUAGUCUCCACAGAUGCACCAUCCAAAUGGGUUCCCCACAUUUGCAAUACUGAGGUUGCUGCCAAAAGUCCAAAUUUCACCAGAAAGUAAUCUGACCUUGACAGGGGGGCUAUGGACCACACUUGUAUACAAUCCUUCUACCCGCUACGUGCAAAUACUAAAUCAUGGGUAAGUCCUGUGAAUAACACAUUCCCCCCCCCCCCCGUUGACACCUUGUCAAACAGGUUUUUGAAACUCUGUACUAACCUGCUAAUCUGGUUUGGUAAGGUAGUUAUUUGAAUGUAUGCAUCAUGAUGGUGUCUUGUCAGUCCAAGCCUAUCUUUGCAUAAAGUCUUAACCAUUUAUUUAGGUUCGUGUGUUACUGCCUGCACCAUCCUAUUAAUUUUUACUCAGAAAUCUGUGUUGAAAAGGGUUUAUGCUCAGGAAAGUAUAUUUGGGAUUGCUGUCUUGAUUUGUGUCUAGUACCAAAUGUUAUACUUGCAGUGUUCUGGAAAACAAAUGCAGCCCUAUCAAUGCAUAGAAAUGGAAAGUAAUCAAUUGGAUUUGCUUUCCUGCAAUUUUACAAGCAAAACAGCAAAUUAAUUGCCACAUGAAAUGUAAAAUGACCACUUAAUUGAACGCAUUGAAAUGCAGGUAGAGCUUGUACUUUAUAGAAUUUUGAAUGGACCCUGUUAGCAUUUGAAUGGUCUAAAUUAUAAACUUUAAAUUUAUAACUUAUUUAAAUCAAUAUUUUAUAUUUUUACCUUUGUACAGUAGUAUAAAGUGUUUCUGUUUGCUUAUUGUUGUCAUUAUUAGUGAUUUCAGAUACUGUUACAAUUACUUUAUUUUGGAGGAACAUGCCAAUGAGCUUCUGCAAUAUAACCAGCCAUGCAUUACACAGUACACCUGGUAGCAGAGUCCUGGAAUAGAAACUUUUCACUCUACAAGUGCUGCGUUAAAUUCAGCUCCCUAUUUACAAUCAACAAGCAUGUAUGCUUCAAAAUAAUGAGUGUAACAAAUAGUAGAGUAGGUUAACUCUUCCAACACCAUGUUCAUGCAAAGUUUCUUAAAUUUAACACACCUUAAGUACACUUUGAUUUGGUUUUUGAAGAGGGCCAGAGUAUUGCCCUUAACCACAAAAAUAAGACAUGCCCUUUUGAAUAAAUCCUAGCUCAGAUAUGCAGGAAUAUUCAGAGAGAGAUCAUAUGUAGCUUUAAAGAAAACCACGGGCUUUACUGCAAGAUAUAGUGUUAAAAACAAGAUUCACAGAGGCAAUGUCUUUUUAAUGAUUUUUUCCAACAUUGUGUCAGUGCUUAAGAACUAUCUAAAACGACAUUCAAAUGACAUUCUAGUUGUUUGAAGGUGUUUCUGUGCAAGGUUCAAUAGAUCCAUGAGCAUGUUUAGGUCACACUGGGGAAUGGGGUGCAGAAAAGGGGUUGACCCGCUUAACCAAAUACUUCUGCAGAUAUUGAUAUUGUACCCACAGCAUAUUGAUACCUCCCUCUUACUUGGACACCCAAAUAGGAUCUAGCCAACGAGAUACCAUAAAAUAUGCUGUGUGUUCCCUCAAAGAGUUCCUAUCUUCUAGAUUGAAGUGUCAUGCAGUAGUAGGGUUUAUAUUUUAACUGUAUGAAAUGUUAAAAUGUUAUCAGACUAGAAAUAUUUUUGUAUAAAAGUUUAUUAUCACUUAUAAAAAUAUGACACAGUAUUUGCUAUCUUAAAACAUUAAUUUUGAUUUCCUAUUCAGGCUGAAUUCUAAGAACAGGUGCUACUAUAGUUUUAUAUAUUUUAAAAAGCAUUACAAUAGGCUGCACUAAUAUUAAUUUAACCUAAAAAGGUUUUAUAAAACCAGCAAAACCAUCUAUUUUGUGAUGAGCAUAGAAAAAUCUUAUUUCUUGAAGUUUCUGUGGUUGACCACUUCUUCAUUAGUUACCUGCAGCUGGCACCUUCCUGCCAAAGAAAAAGAAAGUAUCUGAAGAAGUUUAUCAUGUAUGCUUCUUUGUAUCACCUACAGGAAAACUUCAGCAAAUGGCUAUAAUCCAGAUGAGUCAAGACCUUUUAGUGUAUAGAUUGUACCAGAGACAAACUUUAAAAGACAAAUAUUUGCCCUGAAAAAGCUGUGGCUGGUAUGCCUAUGACUACAACGGAAGAAUUAAACAACAUGCUACUCUUUAAAUUGCAGCAACAAUACAUAGCAAACAAUGGCAAAGGAACCUGACAUUUAACACAUCUUCAACAAAUAUGCAACAAAAACAAAUUAGCAUCCUAGCCAAUUCAUUUAGCAAGUCAUAAAAAUUCCACCUCGUGUAUUAUUUUCUUGUAUACAACUAUCAUGCGAGAAUGGGUGCUAUAAACCAGUGAGUAAAAUUAUUCCUACAUUUUAAGUUCUACAAUAAGUAUCUUCAGACAACACAGUAGACAAUUUUCAUAACAGUAAGAUUUCAGCUGCCCUGAAUACCUAAGAGUUCACCAUUUUCCUUUAGAGUGUUUAUUUUUUAAAAAAUUGAAGGAUAAAAACAUGAAAUUGUACCAUGUAAGUGAGCUGCAACAUACCAUUUUAACUAACCAUAGCAGGGAUGGGACCCUUGCAAAGUUUUAAUGGACACUUGGCUGGUUCAUUUGCUCAGCAGGUCUAUUGCUUGUCCAUGGUGCAUAAAGCUAGAUUCCAGCAGGGGGAAAGAUAGGUUAAGCAGCUGAAGUUAAAAUAAAUGAAAAUAUAAUAGCAAAAACAAAAACCCACAUCCCAAGAAACGAACAAAAACAGUAAUCUUAAAUUUUUCAACCACAAUUGUUAACUUGGUUCAUUGCUAUGUUAAACUAGAUAAUAUACCACUAUACUGAAACAGUACACUGUCAUAUAGUAUUAGUUUCUUGUUUUUGGAAUAUUAAGAAAGGAAAAGUAAAUAAGAUCUUACCUAAAGAAGUUUAACUGAAGCUUAGAACUAUUUUGCUCUACACCCUCAGCUCUCGUUGGCAUCCUUAUAAAACUACUGUAGUUAAAGCUCUGCAGAAGUACAGCACAGCUUUUUAAGACUGGCUGAACUUAGUGCCGUUCUCAAGAGUUCUCUUGCACUAGACCUGUGUCCCUGGAAGAGUACCUCGCUGGGGAUAUUUCCUUUCCUUGCCAUUGAAGAAGCAGCAUCUAAAAGAUCUAAAAAGGUGUUUCUCCUUGCAGAGAUAUCCCUUAAGUUAUCUAGGUAUUUUAAACCUGGUGAUUUACAGAAAACAUUAUCUGACCACAUUUACAUGUACAACAAUGACUUUGUAGUAUUUGUGGGACCUUCUACUACCCACUCCUUGCCUUAAUUUACAACGUAUUUUAAAUAAAUCUAAGAUUACACAACAUUUCCUUUAGAAUUAUUUUAUUAAAUCAUAAAUGUACAACAGCUUCUUAACUCUACACACGCACUUAAAUUUUUAAAAGGAAAACGUUAUGUCUUAUUACACCAUGAUCCUGGCUAAUAGCUUUUCAAAACUUUGAGAAAAUUCUUUAAAAAAGGUUUCACAUGUCACCUGAAACUUACAAAUUUAACAUUAUCAAAGGAAUGCUUCUACACUCUUACAAAGACCACUAGAAAGAAACAACAAUUAAAAAGCUAAGAAACUGUCUCAAAGGCAUUUUUACAAUCCUUCCUCCACAGUAAGGUAUGUUAUUAAAUAAUCCAAUCCAUUCACAAAAUGGCUCUCUGCAUCUGCUCUGGUGUCUUCUGCCAUAUCACUGCAUAUUUAUGCAUGACUGAGAUAAGUUUCCUUAACAAUGUUAUUCGAAAACCUGAAGCUGUUCUUUUACCUCUGGGCUCAUCCUCUCCUAUUUAUACAGUGAAGCCUGUUUCAACAGAAGUAAAGAGUAAAAAAAUAGGUUAUGAAGUUAUCCAUCUACCCAAUUUCUUUUUUAAAGGAAAGAUAAUAUCCUAAAAAGCUUUUACCCCUGCAGCUAAAGUCAAGAAACACUGCAAUUGUAGCAUUUUAAAAAUGUACACUCACCCAUGAAAAGCUUACAGAAGAUCAGUAACGGCUCCGCCCUCCAUAUCCCCCACUUCCUCCACUUCCUCCAGGACCAUAGUUUCCUGUAUUGUUAAAAUGGAAAGCAUAAUUAACAGAUGAACAGCCAUUCUCAAGCUUCAUCAAAAUCUUACUUUUAAAUUGCAAUCACCCAAAUUGCUCAAUUCUACAACAGCCAAUUAGUGCUCUCAACAUCUUUCAAUCAAAACUAACAUCAAAGUAGAUCACCAGAUCUAACUAAAUCUACAAACAUUCCUGCCUUAGAACUGUGUCAACAGGGGGAGGUGGUAGCUGCCCUUUUCAAGGAGACACAGAUCGAUCUGUACAACAUGUAUGCCAGGCUUUCACAACCUGACCAACUCCCACUUGUUUUGGAGUACAAGUCCCAGUAGCCCAGGCCAGUAUGGCUAAUUAAAGGGGAUGGGGGAAGUUGUAGUUUAAAGACUGAUGUAUGCGAAUGGCAAAAGAGAUUCCUCAGAAUUAUGCUACAAUUUGGAAUGACCACAACUAGGCCUCCAGAAAGGGUUGUGCAGGUACGAAUAGGUUUGAUUCUUAAUUGCUGGGUCACCGGGGGCAGUCCACUUCAAUUGCAAGUUACCUCUUGACUUUCUAUGUAUAUACAGCUUUCACGCCUAUUGGGAAAAAUAAAGCACUACAAUGGGAGUGGGUUGCAGGGUGCAAACCCUCCCACUAUCACUCACCGGUGUGCUAUUAGGAAAAGAUAGCAAUGACCCUCUUCCUCUCCUAAAGGCAAAUCCAGGAUUUGUGGGAAGGGGGGGUAGAUACUUUUCUAUUUCACUUUUCGUAUUACCUCCACCAUAUGGUCCUCCCAUGUUCCUGCUUCCACCAAAAUUUCCACUCUUCAUUGGACCAUAGUUUGAGGGCUGUUGGUUGUAGUUUCCAAAAUCAUUGUAAUUUCCUCCUCCAUAAUUGCCUGAAUCAAUAAAAAGUUUAUGCUGAUUAAUCAAAAUGCUAGCUUUGAAUAUAGAAUAUCACAAAAAACAUGCCUUCGACUUAUAUAGAACGCUGUUGGCCAUCACAUGGACUGCAAUGUUUUUUUAAUACUCUACUAUCAGCCUUUAGAUCAGCCGUGAUAAACACAUUUUUAGACCUUGUAGUUAUCAAACUUCAGAACACCUUUAGUGUUCCAGUUUCAAGAGCAAUGUAUUUUUAUCUUGCCUUUCAGGAAAUUAUUAUCCCCCACAGCACCCCAAAUAAUUUU